AUGUCAUUGAAAAUCUGCAGACUAUGCUCAGCUGAUUCGUUUCUGCUGACAUUCACGCCGUUAGCAGGUAUUAUACGAGAUCCGUUCCAUAUUCUACUGGAUCCCGUGGUUGAGGAGCCGCCUUUGUCUCGCCAAUGCAUCUCUUCAACGCGCCAUAUACCCGAGGCAAAUCUCAUCAUCAUCGGCCCAGGCCGAGAUAAUCAUCUCCUUGAAGCUUCAUUAAGACAGAUACUCCCAACGUCCACCAAAACGAUCAUCUUAACUGAUCCAGCAACGGCCAAGACUAUCCGGGGAUGGAGACAUUUUGACAAGGGGAACGUCAAAACGCUUUCACCAUGGCAGGAUCCGCGCCUGAGGGGGCGGGAUACGGUUAUUCGAUUACCGGUGCCUCCAUGUUACGCGGGUGGUGACCAUGGCGAGGUGACUGUGGCCCUGGUUUCUCAGAAGAGAAAUGAUAUAUGUGCACGAGCGGCUCCGUCACCCUUUCGACGGUCGAUUGCCACAACCUCUAUGGUACUAAUGCAGCUCCCCCCGAAAAACCCCCCUCAACUUCUGAUAUCUCUUCCAAAGCCGUCGUUGGGGGACUGGACUGCCAAACCCGUCCCUCCUACACCUCCGGACACUCCAGUACCGAAACAUGUUCCUCGGAACGGCACCGACAAAGCGUUGCCGGUUCCUCGUAUUCACGAGCAAACUCUCUCGGUCAUAUUUUCACCGCGAGGGACAUCAUACGAAAGCAUAAAGCCCUAUGCUACUUCACAUCUUGUUUCCGAAGCGGCUCUCCCCCUGACCGCGCUCAUCCACAGUUUCGACUCAGAGCCGAUGCCGCGGUGGGCUAUAGGACGGAGCAGCAGCGGUCGCAGCAAGAGCCUUGUACCUAUCGGACAGGAAACGGCUCUGGCUCUGGGUGCACGAAGCUGGGUGAGGACUCGAGGGGCAAACAGCAAUAGCAGCGGCAAAGCGGCGGUCGUCUUGAGGAGCAGACGACCACGGACAAGAACGUUCCUCCGACACGAAAUUCAAGAAUUGCUGGGCCGGGCAGAGGCGGCGGAGAAAAGAGGUGCUGCUUCGAACCGCAAUACGCCGAUGCCCACUGGUACACAGAUACUGGAUAUGAGCCGAGGGGAGGAGGUGACUCUAACAGGCGACAGCGUUUGCGAUGUGAGCCCUGCUUGGCAGCAUCAGAAGUCGGUGCCGGAUGGUUUGGGGCUAUUUAACAACGUUUGGCUUUGA